UUCAAUUUUUCACGUCACGUGGUAACAUGAUGAUUGUUACCUCUGAAUCCGAACAAACUAUCUUACUCUGAAUCCGACAACAUCAUCGUCCUCGUCGAUGUUCUUGAAGAUGAACAACCUUCUCUUCUCUCUUCAUCUUCUUCUUCUUGCUUCAUCACUUUCCUCUUCUCUUGCUAAGGGAGGUGCUUUUCAAUCCCUUCUUCCUUCAGAAGAUUUCAAUGACCGGAUUAAUGUAAGCCGUGCAAGGCGUUUGCUUGAUGAAGUUGAAUCUCGUGCCCGUGUUGAUUUGGCACAAGGUUAUAUGACCAAUUCUGAUCUUGAAAGGGUCAUUAAGGAAUUUGGACAAAGAUGUAGCAACAUUUCUAGGAUAUACAGUAUCGGGAAAAGUGUGAAUGGAGUUCCACUGUGGGCAAUUGAGAUUUCUGACAAGCCAGGAGAAGAAGAACCGGAACCUGCAUUUAAGUAUAUUGGAAAUGUGCAUGGAGAUGAACCUGUGGGCCGUGAACUUCUAAUAUAUUUGGCCAAUUGGUUAUGUCAUAACUAUUUAAAAGAUCCUCUGGCGACAUUGAUUGUGGAAAAUGUUCACCUUCAUUUACUUCCAUCAAUGAAUCCUGAUGGCUUUAGCUUAAGGAAGCGUGGUAAUGCAAAUAAUAUUGAUCUGAACCGCGAUUUUCCCGACCAGUUCUUCUUCGCAAAUAACGAUGAGGAUUCCCGGCAACCGGAAACAAAAGCUAUAAUGAAUUGGUUAAGAGAUAUACAAUUUACAGCAUCUGCAACAUUGCACGGGGGUGCACUUGUUGCAAAUUAUCCAUGGGAUGGUACGAUUGAUAAAAGGACAUACUACUAUGGAUGUCCCGAUGAUGAUGCAUUUCGAUUCAUGGCAAGUAUAUACAGCCAUUCCCACUACAACAUGUCUUCAAGCAAGGAAUUUAUAGAUGGAAUCACAAAUGGAGCAGCAUGGUACCCUUUAUAUGGAGGAAUGCAAGAUUGGAACUACAUACAUGCUGGCUGUUUUGAAUUAACCUUGGAAAUUAGUGACAAUAAAUGGCCUAAUGCUGCAGAGCUUCCUAUUCUUUGGAAAUACAACAAAAUGAGUAUGCUUAAUCUUGUUGCAAGCCUUGUGAAGACAGGAGUGCAUGGAAGGAUAUAUUCUUCAGGUGAUGGAAGGCCAUUACCGGGCUUUAUAACUGUCAGUGGAAUAAAUUACACAGUUAGGGCGGGAGGAACUUUUGCCGACUAUCAUCGCUUACUUGCCGCCAGAGAUAGAUAUGAAGUGGUGGCAACUAUGCCUGGCUACAAGUCAAAGAAUACAUCAAUUUGGUUGGAUGAAGGAGCUAUGACAUUGGAUUUUGUUCUUGACCCUGAAGUUAGUAUUAAAGGGAGUGUACUACAAAAUGUCUAUGAUUGCAACUGUGACAGUAAAAGCAAACUAGAAUUUGUUCAGUUUCUCUGGGGAUCCCACUUUGAAGUUUUCUUUAUUUUCAUUGUUAUUUUAGGAUUUUUAUGCUUACUAUUUCAGAGGAGAAAAAAAGUCAAACAAUCAACAGGGGCAAAAAGAACUGUUGUGGUUUGAGGUUUUGUUAACUUAUUUGUAUCAAAUUCUGUUGUAUACUAAUUUGGGUAGAAAAAAAAUCAAUAUUUUUUAUGUGCAAA